GUGACUUCAACAACCACACUUGCUUUGUCUAAUGUACCUUCAUGCUACAGCAUGAUCAUGACACCGUGUCUCGUAUCUCAAUGCAAUGCCAAGCACACAAAGUCAAAGUGGUAGUAUCAUAUGUAAGCGUUUACGUCGUCUGUUCCCGACAAUUUGCAGUUCAUUGAAGGCGUGCUGAACCGUAUCCUCGUAAUGUCGUUUCAUUUUCACACUUAGUGAACUACUGAAGACUACAUGUGGCUUUGAACAGUUCCAUAGGGUCAUCUCGGUAGAGUCGGUAGGCUAUGUACGCCGGGUCCUUUGCGAUGAUUGGGCAUCACGCGACGCGCCUAGCGCUCUAACUGCACUCCUGAUUGCUCUCCCGAGGAUGCGAUGGCACAGAACCAACGCGUUGUAUGGAGCAACGGUCAGCUGGGUCGGUGUGAAUAUGGGAUUGAUGACAUGGUAUGGUGUCGUCUCUGCUUCGUACGACGAACAUGCCGACCCGAGCCAACUCGACUGGGAGUGACGAAGGAGAGAAGGAAGAUGUCAACGCGGUGGAGCAUAUUGCAUCUCCAGGAGGAAAGGAGAACACGGGAAAUGCAGGACCACCCAUUCUUACGCCCGAGCAGGAGAGGAAGCUAUGGCGCAAAGUCGACUUGCGAAUCCUUCCAAUCCUGACAAUCAUGUACUUGUGCUCGUUCAUGGAUAGAGGAAAUAUUGGUAAUGCGAAGCUACAAGGCCUAACGACGCAGCUAAAUCUCACCGGGCACAAAUACAACAUCGCGCUGACGAUGUAUUUCAUACCAUACUGUAUUUUUGGCGUCCCAGCAAACCUCGUUUUGAAGAAGUUCCGCCCUUCGCGAUGGCUUCCUGGCAUAACAAUCGUCUGGGGUAUCAUCAUGACACUCAUGGGGAUAGUGAAGUCAUACCCUCAAUUAAUAGGCGUACGAAUUCUUCUCGGCAUCUCCGAGGCAGGACUAUUCCCUGGGGUAAUGUACUAUAUGACGCUGUGGUACCCGCGAUACAUGCUCCAAUACCGGAUAGCUAUGUUCGAAGGCGGUGCUACCCUGGCAGGAGCGUUCUCGGGGCUAUUUGCCUAUGGUAUCUCGUUCAUGUCCGGCACUGCAGGCUUGCUCGGGUGGUCCUGGAUCUUCAUUCUAGAGGGAAUCUUGACUGCUAUCGUCGGCGUCGCAGCUUGCUUCAUCCUCGUCGAUUUCCCCGAUACCGCGAAGUUCCUCACUGAAGAGGAGCGAGCGUUUCUCAUAUUCAAGAAGAAGUAUGACAACUCGUCCGUCGGAGAGGAAGAGCGGUUUGAGCUACAACAUCUGAAAGCGGCAGUACUUGACUGGCAGAUCUGGAUGCAAAUCAUGGUUUACUUUGGCAUCGUUGUUCCUCUGUAUGGCAUAUCCCUCUUCCUUCCAUCCAUCAUCAACAGCUUCGGAUACAACAUUGCUAUCAGCGAGCUGCUUACCGUCCCGCCUUACGUCUGUGGAGUCAUCACACUCAUCGUCUUCGCCGUAUUGUCCGACAUGCUCAAGAUGCGCUCGCCGUUCAUCCUCGCCGGACUGCUGAUGUGUCUGAUCGGUUUCGCGAUCAACAUAUCCGACGCCGCGGUCGGUGUCAAGUACUUCGGGACGUUCUUCUGUGUCUCUGGAGCGUAUGCAGCGCUCCCGGGUGUCGUCGCGUGGCUCGGCAACAACCUCGCAGGGCAGUAUAAACGAGCGGCAGGUAUGGGGAUCCAGAUCGGCAUAGGCAACUUCGCGGGGGCGAUAGCCAGUAACAUAUACCUCUCGCAGGAUGCGCCGAGAUACAUACUGGGACAUGCUCUCGAGCUGAUGUUCAUUGGCAUAGGUCUCGUAUUCUUGCCCUUGACCGUUCUGGCGUACAGGUCGAUCAACAAGCGGAGAGACCUCGAGCAGCGCCGAUUGGACGAGCGAGGUGUGAAGUACACUGUCGAAGAGCUGCGAAGAAUGGGAGACCGCGCCCCCGAUUUCAGAUAUACCCUGUAGGUACCCGGGGCUAUACGAGGCACACUGUAAUGCAUGUCACGAUCUCGAGGCACCCGCCCUAUUAUCUG